AUGUCGUCCGGCACGUCAUCCGUGUCCACCAAUUCCAACCCGUUUGCCGAUGCCAACCUUCCCGACGUCAACGACCUCCGCAGGCUCAACAUCCUCGAGCGGGUGCCGGUUCGUCUCUCGCAGGCGGAUUCCUCCUACCACACGUGGAAGACGUAUUUCUCCCUCGUGUUCUGGGAGUAUCAUCUCAUGGACCACGUGGACGGCACCGUCGACUCCAGCCUCGUUCCCGAGUUUCAUGACUGGCCCACCAUCGACACCACGAUCAUCCGCUGGUUUUUCCUCACCAUCACGCCCGACCUCUUCCAGACGGUCGUGAUGGACGGUGAUGAUGCCUGCGCCGUGUGGACCAAGCUGAACGGGCUCUUCACCGAUAACAAGCUCCAGCGUCGCGUCAAUGAUGACCUCCUCCUCAGCACGCUCGCCGCCGGGCUCAACGAGGAUUUCGACAACGCCGCGGGGAACCUCAGCCUCAUCCCCAACCCGUGCUUCGCCAAGUUCGUUGCGUACCUCCGCUUGGAGGAGCGGCGGAUGAAGCAGGUGAAGACGCGCGCCAUCCACACCGCCCUCGCCACCGGCACCACCCGCGGCGGGCCUCCGGCGCCUUCCGCUACCCUGGCACCCCAGCAGCGUCAUCAGGCGCCUUUCCCGGCGCCCAAGCAGCCGGGGCUCCUGCCACUGCCAUAUGGCCCGCCCGCGCCCCCCGCUGAAACGCGCCACGGGGGCCGGCGCGGUGGCCGCCGCGGCGGUCCGCAGCAGCAGCCGCAGCAAGCUGGCCAGCAGCAGCAGCAGUUUCAGGCGCCACAGCAGCUCCAGGUGCCGCCCCCAUGGACCUCCGGCUACAACCCCUGGACCGGUGUUGUCUAUGCGUACACCAUGCCGGUUCCACGGGCUCCUGCACCGACGCUUCCGGUGCCGCGCCCACCGGUGCACCAGGCGUUCUACGCGGCUCCGCAGCCGUACGGAGGAUACCCACCGCCGCAGAUGAGCGGCGCCUACGAUCUCCCUGUGGCCUCGCCGCCGCCCUCGCUGGCCCUGCCGCCGGCACCUUGGGAUCCGGCGCUCCUCGCCGCGCUGCACGUUGCGCCUACGCCGAACAACUACACUGGAGGCGGUGAUUGGUACAUGGACACCGGGGCUACGGCUCACAUGUUUGCUCAUCCUGAUAAUCUUGCCUCCUUCACUCGUGUCACCACCGACCGCCGCAUCAUUGUCGGCGACGGUUCCACACUACCUAUCACACAUGUUGGGCACACUUCUUUUCCUUCUACUUCUAUGCCUAUUACUUUGUCUAACAUAUUUGUGUCACCUCAUCUUAUUAAGAAUCUUGUUUCCGUUCGUUGUUUAACUCGUGAAAAUCCUGUUACUGUUGAAUUUGACGAGCUUGGUUUUUGUGUCAAGGACGCUUGA